AUGUUUGUCGUGAGCGGCCCAGCUGGCUCUGGCAAGUCGACAGUCGCAACCUACGUCUCUCAACAAUCCGUAAUUCCAUAUCUUGAGGGAGAUGAUUUCCACUCCUCAGCCAACAUCGCCAAGAUGGGCAAUGGCAUACCGUUGACUGAUGGCGACCGAUGGGACUGGCUGGUCACACUACGCAAUGCGGCUACUGAACAGCUAAAAAGUUCAAAUGCCGUGAUUGUUACCUGCUCUUCGUUGCGACGUAAAUAUCGUGAUGUCUUCAGAGUCGUGCCCUACCAUGACCCAACGGUGCAACUAUGUUUCAUCUAUCUCAAAGUUGGCGAGGAACAACUACAAGCAAGGGUCAGAGCACGUGGAGGCCACUAUAUGAAGGAGACCAUGGUACGCAGCCAGUUGGAGGAUCUUGAAGAACCUUCAGUGGACGAAGUUGAUGCAAUCACGUUUGACGUGCAAAGAGACCCGGCGGCGGUCUGCAAAGAUGUUUUGAAUCGGGUGCGGGCAAUACUGGGUUAG